AGUGUAGAAUUUCCUACAGCCCAGCACGAGGCCCCCACGCUGCCUCCACAGCCACCUGAGGAGGUUGAACCUUUGCCAGCCCAAGCUGUAGAAGCUGUUACACAUAAUAAACCUACAGUACAUGAGGAGACCCCAGCUCAGACUCCAGAGCUCUCUAAUGAGAUUGUAGUUCUCUCUCCAGAGCAUCACGUAACAACGGUUUCUCCUCUAGGUCAGGAUCAAGCUCAGCUUCUGCAGCGGCCCACUGUCACCAUUAAACCGGUGGAUCUUGCACUUGCCGUAACUCCAGCAUUCACUAAUGAGGUUGAAAGUUCUCCAUCCCAACAAGAAGCCUCAGCCCAGUUCACAGUGUCCCCUGAGCAGGGGAAACCUUUGUCAGUCCAGCAAGAGGUUUCAGAUCCGCAUCCAACCACCUCUGAAAAUGUUGAACCUUCUCCAGUCCAGCAGGAGCCCCCAACUCAGCCUCCAGAGGCCCCUACAGAUGUUGCAGCUCCACCUUCACUACCUAAUGAAGUGACAGUCUCACCUCUAAGUCCGGAUGAAGCUCAACAUCCAGUGUUGCCUGAUAGCACAGUUAAACCCUUGGAUCUGGCAGUUGUUUUAACUCUAGAGCCCACUGAAGAGGUGGAACAUCCUCCAGUGCAGCAGGAGGCCCCAGCUCAGUCUCCGGUUCCCCAGGGGGGCUCGAAUAUACCUCCUGAGCCCCCUAAGGAGGUGGUACCUUCUGCCACACAACAGGAGCUUCAGGCUCAGGCAUCAGAGCCCCCUACAGAGGUGGAACCAUUGCCAGUCCAGCCUACCACAGAGGCUGAACGUUCCACAGUCCUGCAGCAGAGUGCAGUUCCAGCAGCAUAUCCCGAAGUCACAAUUCCAAGUGCAGAGCAGGUUCAGCUUCCACAUCCAACCUUGACUGAGGUCACAGUUCAACCUUUGGACCUGGAAAUUACGUUAACUCCAGAAUCCAGUAUGGAGGCUGAACCUUCUCCAACCACGCGGCAGCCCCAAGCUCAGCCUCCAGAGGAAGUUGUAGCUCAGUCUCCAUCACAUCCCGAGGUGCCGGUUCCAGCACCAGAUCAGGCUCAUGCUGAGCCUCCAACAUCACCCAGGGUCACAGUGAAACCUUUGGACCUGGGACUUACCAUAACUUCAGAGCCUGCUAUGGAGUCUGGAUAUUCUACAGCCGUGCUGCAAACUCCAGCCCCACCUCCCAAACACCCUGAGGUGACGCUUGCACAGCCAACCCUGCCUCAAGUCACAGUUCCACCUGUGAACCUGGGAGGUACCAUUUCUCAGCAACCAAGUCCAUCUGAGACAGUUCUUUUUCCUUCAUCUCAGCUUUCAGUAUCCACAGGUCUUCCUGGUGUAAACUAUACCCCCCAAAAGAAGCAAGCAGAACAGAAUGCCACCACGAACAUCAACAUAUGUGAGCUCUGUACCUGCAAAGAUGAGACGCUGUCCUGUGUGGGUCUCAGCCCCAAGCAGAAGCUCCACAGAGUGCCUGAGCCACAGCCCAACACCUACAAGGGCAUCUUCACCACCGUAAAUUUCCAAGGAAACUCUAUUUCUCACAUUGAUGAAAAUGUAUGGAAGGCAUACCGUUGGACUGAGACACUGAUUCUCAGUGACAAUCAUUUGACUGAAUUACAUAAGGACUCGUUUCAAGGCUUGCUAUCCCUCUGGUAUUUAGAUUUAUCCUGCAACAAAAUACAGUCUAUUGAAAGAGGUACAUUUGAAGCAUUACCUUUUUUGCAGUUUAUAAAUCUAGGUUGCAAUUUACUCACAGAACUGAGCUUUGGAACGUUUCAGGCCUGGCAUGGAAUGCAGUUUUUACAUAAGGUAAUUCUCAAUCGUAAUCCUUUGACAACAGUUGAAGAUUCUUACCUUUUUAAAUUGCCAGCGUUAAAAUAUUUAGACAUGGGAAGAACACACGUGUCACUUACAACAGUUGAAAGCAUCCUGAUGAUGAACCUUGAAUUGGAGAAACUGAUCUUACCCAGCCGCAUGGCCUGCUGCCUCUGCCAAUUUAAAAAUACAGUUGAAGUUGUCUGUAAGACAGUCAAGCUGCGUUGCGAUGGUGAAUGCCUGACAAAUGCCACACCUUGUGAUGAAGAAGCAUCUCUAGGGAAUGCAGAAGGAUCGUUCAUGAAGGUGUUACAAGCCCGGAAGAAGAACAACAGCACCGAGCUGACUAUUGAGCCAGAGAGGGCAUCCUCAGACCAAAGUGCUGUCAGCUUGUCAACCUUCAUGAAUGAGCAGCUGGACUCGAAUGCUGAAAGUGAUGUUAUCGGUGCACUAAACUACAUACUGCCUUAUUUCUCAGAGGGAAAUCUACGAGAUGUGGAAUCAACAUUAUUACCAGUCAUUCAGCUUCUUUUUCCAACACAGGAAAACAGCCUAGCAAAGACUGAGAGUGUAGGGGAAAGGCUGCUGAGAGGGAACAGCGUCCUCAAGGACCCAAGGGGCAUAAAGAAAAGGCACUUCAAAGCAGUGGGAGAUGAGAGCGUCAGGAGGAAACAGAAUGCCCAGCCAUUUGUGGAGAACACUGCCAGAGAAAGAAGUCUCACGAGCCCAUCCCCAGUAGAGCUGGAACAGCUUCACAUGGUGCAGAGGCCCCAGGAGUUAGUGGGAAACUCCUUCACCACAGAGCCUGCAUUCAUAAAGGAAGAUAAGGCAGCAGCCUCUUCUUUCCUGAAACAGUAUUCAAGGGGCAGGCUUUCUGGCUCCAUCCCUCCAAACUCCCCAUCUCAGGUUAAAAAGAAAUCAAAAGACUUACUCUCCACUAUUGCUGUUUUAGAAGAUGCAUAUGCUAGAGUUAUAAAUCUGAAGACUUCUCAACUAAUCUCACAUUCCAGGAAAAAAUACAUCUUCCAUAAAAUUCAGUCUGGUCUGGUCCAGAGGAGACCCAAAGCCGAAUUGCGUGGAAAGUUCACAGAGAAAGGUUCUCCCAGUAGAAUGAUGCUUGUGAGGCGUCCUUUCUCAGCAGUGAGAAGCCUCAUAAAUUCCCCUCCAAGAGAGGCUUUUUCAUCUUCAGGAGAACUGACUUCUCAAGAAAAUCCUUUUCCAGAAUUAUUUUCUCUUGCAGACCCUUCUAUAGAAAAGCCUACUCCAGAAAGCAAUACUGCACAAAAUGUCUUUGAAGAAAUUACAAACUCUAUUCUGCCAGGAGGAACCGGCCCUGGAAUCACUGCCCAUAAGAGUGUCCCCACGGCACAUUCUGCUGUUGCUGCAGACAACUUUAUCCCAACUGUUCAACACACCAACGAAGCACAGUGGGAGGACCACAGCGUGGGCACUGAAUUAUCCUCUAAGCCCCCAGGCUCCACGUUCCCAGCACUCACAUCCCCGGGUGAUCAAUUUGAAGCUCAGCUAAACCAGCAGCUAUCAUCCCUCAUCCCCAACAAUAAUGUGAGAGGGCUCAUUUCUCAUGUUACCCGGACUUUGAAAAUGGACUGCUCGGAGACCCACGUGCAGCUGGCCUGUGCCAAGCUCAUCUCCAGCACAGCCCUCCUGAUGAAGCUCCUCAGUGAGCAGCAACAAGUAAAGGCAUCGAAGGCAGAAUGGGAUACGGACCUGUGGAAAACCGAGAACUAUAUCAGUGAGAGCGCAGGAGCCCAGGGUGAACAGAAGGAGCAGGAGCCCAGUGAGCUCACAAAAGAAGUCCCAGGAUACAACUAUAACAAGAAACUCAUCCUGGCAAUAUGUGUAACUGGAGCAGUGAUGACUUUCAUUAUCAUUUUCUGUCUCAUUCAGAUUCAUGCUCACAGGGCAGCAGCAGCAGCAGCAGCACAGGGAGAGGAAGAAACAGGGCAACUGCCCAAGGGCCACAAAAGGGGCUUUUUUCCCUUUCUUCUGCGAAAGAGAAGCUCAAGGGAAGGCGAGAGUCAGGAGGGCUUUCACUGGAGAAGGCGGCCACUUUGGCUUAGGGAUACGUAUAGACCGCUCAAUGCCACACGCAAGAAAAACAUGGCACAGAAGCUACACGACCAGGAGUCUUCUGAUGAGGAUGAGAUUUUCCAGAAGGAUGCGGGGGAAGGCAGCAGAACCCCAGCAGAGGACGUUUAGGCUGCAGAUUCGGCUGCUGGGGAGACGGGUGUGGAAAGUGAGGCCGCACACGAGACCGCGGCAGUGUGAGCCCCGUCCUGCCUCAGGCCACCUGCACAUUUCAUUUUCCAGGAUUGGCUUCUCAGCAUCACUUGUCAAAUGCUUCUUUUUCUCAUUUAAAAAAAAAUACAUUUAUUUAUUU